AUGAGAGUUUCUCGUUCUUCAUCUGCUAAGAUCAAGUGCCUCGUCAGUACGAACAACAAGGAGGUCAAUGGCAUGCAAGAAGUCUGGGAUAUUCUGCUCAAGUUUCUUCCUGAACUGCUCAAAAGCCGUGAUCUGCCAUAUAAGAAGGCUGCUGAGAAGCAAGGUUUGGGUCAUCUGCGCUGA